UCCGCCCAUAGGUGGAGCAGUUUGCGAAACCUGGGGGCGCCGCUGCAAGCUUUCAGCGAGAGAGGAGGGAGCAGUGGAGGGGCCCUUGGCACCUUCCCAGCCUGCGCCCAGAUGCUGCGAGCCCUGACCCGUGCCCUGCGCCUUCCACGCCCCUGGAGACCCCUUCAGACCCGCAGCUGCGCCUCCGAUGGGGCGGCUGGGGACCCGGAGAUCCAAGUGCGCGUCCUGGCAGGUCCAGACCAAGGAAUCACGGAGAUCCUGAUGAACAGACCAAGUGCCCGUAAUGCCCUGGGGAAUGUCUUGGUCAGUGAGCUUCUGGAAGCUCUGGCCCGGCUGCGGGAGGACCAGCAAGUACGCGUUCUGCUAUUCAGAAGUGGAGUGAAGGGUGUAUUCUGUGCAGGUGCAGACCUGAAGGAGCGGGAGCAGAUGAGUGAGGCGGAAGUGGGGAUCUUUGUCCAGCGGCUCCGAGGCCUGAUGAAUGAGAUUGCAGCCUUCCCGGCACCCACUAUUGCGGCUAUGGACGGGUUUGCCUUGGGUGGAGGCCUGGAACUUGCCCUGGCCUGUGAUCUCCGAGUAGCAGCAGCUUCCUCGGCUGUCAUGGGGCUGAUUGAGACCACCCGAGGGCUCCUCCCAGGAGCAGGAGGGACUCAGAGGCUGCCUCGAUGUCUAGGGGUGGCCCUGGCAAAGGAGCUCAUCUUCACAGGCCGAAGACUGAGUGGUGCACAGGCUCAAGCCCUGGGGUUGGUGAACCACACUGUUCCCCAGAAUGAGGAGGGCAAUGCCGCCUACCACCGGGCAAGAGCGCUGGCCCAGGAGAUCCUGCCCCAGGCACCCAUUGCUGUGCGGCUGGGCAAAGUAGCCAUUGACAGAGGAAUGGAUGUGGACAUCGCAUCAGGGAUGGCCAUUGAAGGGAUAUGCUAUGCCCAGAACAUCCCCACCCAGGACCGGCUAGAGGGCAUGGCAGCCUUCAGGGAGAAGCGGCCCCCCAGAUUUGUUGGCAAAUGACUCCCAUUUAAGUAUGGGAGAUGCAAGCCAUCAAGGGCAAGAUCAAGGACAAGGAUAGAUAUAAAACAACUGGCAUGGUGUCUGAUACCAAGGUACUGACCAUGCCACUGACUGCUACCUUCGUUAUUCCUUAUCCUGGGGCUAGAUGACCACUGGGGUCAAGUUAGCUUUGGAGAAUAUCUGUCUCUCCCUAUUUGAAUGGUAAACUAAGGAUUAAAAUAGACCACUCUGGGUCUUUAUAUUAUUGACUCUCAGGCCUGGCCUGACCUCUGCCACUCAAUUAUCAGGUGCUCACCAGAGACAGCAAAAGGUUGUAAGAACCCUCCAGUUUCUUCCUCCAUACAAUAGGGAUAAUAUGGAAACCCUGGUCAUGGUAGAACAGGCAUCAGGAAUCAGACUGCAGAUCCCAGCUCUCCUAGUUAUUCAUUGUGUGCCUCAGCUUCUUCAGCUGCAAAAUGAAACUGUUAAAAACAAAAAAGCCUAUGCCUCAUGUUCAAUAAAUGUGAGUUAUUAUUACUGUA